AUGGCUGGUGUCAUCAACUGCACCCCAACCUCUCGUCGUGACUACUGCGAAACUGAAAGGGAUUGCCCGAUUUCUUCGAAGUGCAUUGAGGGAGAAUGCAAGAAUGUAUUCGGUUUCGACAAUGUCGGAAAUCGCAAUUCAAUGUUCGUGUGUGCUCUAGCGUGUCCUCCAGGCCACUAUUGUACCCACUAUACCAAUGGCUGUGUCCCAUUCUAG